AGUUCGGCUCUUGAAUCGUCAGAAUUCUACGCUAUCUCGCAAGGCACGAUAACUGCAAGUAAGAUCCCAGCCAGAUUUGCAGAUUUCGAAACAAACUUCACCCAUGGACCCAAUCGAUUCUGUCACGAUCCUGGCGCUUAUCUUCCAGGACUGUGUCUGUCAUAGACCGGUGCAUUACUAAAAAGAAAAGAGCCAGUCAAAAGAGCUUUUGAUGCUUAUCAGAUCGACGUGCCACGAAAUGUAAGGCUUGCGACGACCUAGACUUACACAGUGGAGUGCACGUCAUUAAGCAUUUGGCCCAUUGGGGAAAAUAAUCCCACUUGGAAUGAAGAGGUCGAGCUGAACCUGUAAAAUAUAUAUGACUACUUUUACUUUCCUUCGUUCUGGCUUUUGUCUGCAUCGAGUCCACUCGAGAUAUACCAGGACCACCACCAUCACUCAACAUGGAGUCUCCCGAUGAGAAGACCGUCUACGAUGACAAGAAUAAUACCUCCUAUGAGCCUGUCGAGGCUGGUCGCGUGAGCGGCCUCAAGAGACGCCUGCCCGGCUUCAGCCUUGAGGUCCGUCAAGAGGAGAGCAGCUUUGCUGCCACAAAGGGCGCCUCCAAUGCCGACUUCGACCCGAUCCCACCAUCGAAGCGCACCUGGAAUUGGGGCGCUUACGUCGCCUACUGGAUGGCCGAUGCCUGGGCUGUCUCCAACUGGGAAGUCGCUUCUUCCAUCAUCGCAGUCGGCCUCAGCUGGAAAUUGGCCAUCGGCGCCUGCGUCCUCGGCAACACUAUCAUGGGUCUCGUCAUCACCAUCAACGGCAGAAUGGGUGCCACUCUUCACACUCCAUUCCCGGUCCUCGCACGCAUGCCUUUUGGUUACUACUUCAGCUAUUUUGUCGUCGUGUCCCGCUGCGUCCUCGCCAUUGUGUGGCUUGGUGUCCAAACCACCACUGGCGGCCAAUGCAUGACCGUCUUGCUCACAGCCAUCUGGCCCAGCUUUGCCAACAUCCCCAACCACAUCCCCGAAAGUGAGGGCAUCACCACUGGAGGAAUGUGUGGCUUUGUGCUCUAUUUCCUGCUUCAGCUUCCCUUCCUGUGCAUUCCUUACACCAAGGUCCAAUACUUCUUCGCUUUUAAGAGUAUUAUCGCACCGAUCAUCUUCUUGGCCGUUUUCGGGUCCACUUUGCACAAGGCUGGCGGCACCAUCAGUAACAGUACGGUCAUCACUCAAGGCACCACUUUGAAAGGUUCCGCUCUUGCAUGGGCCUUUUUCGCCAAUCUCAACGGAGUCUUGGGCAACUAUGCCACCUUGGGCCUGAAUAUCGCCGAUUUCUCGAGGUACGCCAACAAAACCAGCGCACAGAACAUCCAAGCCAUUGUCAUCCCCGUCAUUUUCACCAUCGUUGGCCUGCUCGGCAUCUUCACCGCCGCAGCAUCUCAGACAGCUUAUGGCGAAAUCAUCUGGAACCCCAUCGUAAUCGUCGGUGACUGGUCCUCGUCCGGGUCUCACGGUGGUCGUGCCGCUUCCGCAUUCGGCGCCAUUGGUUUGAUCAUCGUCACCCUUGGUAUCAACAUCUCGGCCAACUCCAUCAGUGCGGCCAAUGACCUUAUGUCUUUCGCUCCCAAGUACAUCAACAUCCGCCGUGGUCAACUGCUUGCCGCCGUCAUUGGUAGCUGGGGCUUUGUUCCCUGGAAGAUCCUCGCAUCAGCCGCAGAGUUCCUUGCUUUCCUCGGUGGCUAUACCAUCUUCCUGGGUCCCAUGACCUCUAUUCUCAUGUGCGACUACUACAUCGUCCGACGCGGUAAGGUGUCUGUCCCGGACAUGUACAACUUCCACGGCAUCUACCGCUACUCACCAAAAUUCGCUACCAACUGGCGCGCUGUCGUUGCCUUUAUCAUCGGCUGUAUUCCUCCACUACCCGGCUUCGUCAACAACAUUGUUGUAGCAGGUGGUAACAAGACCGGCGUGUCUGUGGGCGGCCAACACCUUUACAACAUCGGCUACAUCUACUCCUUCGUCGCCGCCGGCCUCUUCUACUGGGGCUUCAAUCGCUUCUUCCCACACACCGAGUCCAUGAUGGACCACGCCGAGACGGGUGAGGACAUCAUUGCGGCUCAAGAUGCCAGGAAUGUCCAGCAACGUCGGGCUAGCUACGCUGAGCGGAGGCCAAGCGUGGUUACCAAGUUCUUCGAAGUCUAAAUAUCCCGUACAACUCUGCUUGGGUACAAUCUGCCGGAGCACGAUAAGUCUUCCCUU